AUGAAGACAAAUCCAGAGAAAGGAAAGGAUGAAAGUUUUAACAUGGAGGGAGUGGAAUUGUUUGUGCUGGCGGUCGUGCAAACGUUUGGCAGUUCCCAUGUAAAUACCUGGGGAAUAAUUGCAAACGAACCGACGGAUGCUGCCUCUUCAGAUGGGACAUCUGGCCCCAAGUUCAGUAGCAUAUAUACGAAAAUGAAAAAGAUUAAGGAAAAUGCCCGUGAUGAUAAUCCACUCAUGGCUGCGACAUAUCCCAGUUGUUCGUGGUUUAACAAGGCGGGCAUAAGGAACUGGUUGAUUAAAGGGAAAAAUCUCGGGGAUAACAAUAAGGGCAAGGAAUUCAAGAAUGCCGCUAGACAUUUUCAAGAAGUAAUGUGUGGAUUCAUCUUACAAUUAUAUUUUGCUAAGGUCGGGCCAACCAAGCCUGAAACGAUUAGAGCCCACCUCGGCGAAGUCAUUUAUCUCAAAGGGUGCGAGGUAGGGAAGUCUGGAUUCUACCCUUACUUACGGUACAGAAUUAUGCUGCCAUCAGCAAUGUUGGAGGAUUUCCCCUUUGCUGUGCUGGUUACUGACAUCAACCAGAAACAAAGAUGUAAGAAUAGUUGA